AUGGCUGAAUGUGUUCUUGCACAAGCCCGCUCCUUCGUCGGCGAAGCGACCAGACUCAACACCUUGUUCGCAGACUUCGAACAAUUCGCGACCAGGCUCCUGGCCGAACACGGCCACCGCGCUGUACUGGUAUUUGAUAACAUCGACGUUAUCGCCAAGGAAGACCCGAAACUUCUAUACACGCUGCAGUCACUCGCAAAGGAGGCCGCCGACAACGGUCCGUACAAGAUGGUGUUUGUAUGCUCUGACGGUCCUGCGCUAGCUCAGAUGAUGGCGGGCUCAGCUUGGUCACGAGGCCACUACGAUUUCGAAUGCGAUAUCUGA